GAUAUUAAACAGGUGCGUCUUCAGGAAAAAACGGACUAUCCUCCAAAACGGCACUGCAAGUCGAAUAAACGCUCAGACGAUUCGCAUUCUUAUGAGGCCACAAUAAUGGCUAACGAUGUACAAAAGAAGAAGAAGAAGGUUAAGGUCGUCGUCGGAGGAGCAGGAGCAGGAGGGGAGAAGAAAGCAAAGAAAAGGGGCAAGAGGAGAGAGACUUACGCGAUGUACAUCUACAAAGUUUUGAAGCAGGUCCACCCCGACACUGGCAUCUCGAGCAAAGCCAUGAGCAUCAUGAACUCCUUCGUGAACGACCUCUUCGAGCGCAUCGCCACGGAGGCGUCGCGCCUGGCGCAGUACAACCAGCGCUCAACCAUCACCAGCCGGGAGGUGCAGACCGCCGUGAGGCUGCUGCUGCCCGGGGAGCUGGCAAAGCACGCCGUGUCCGAGGGGACCAAGGCGGUCACUAAAUACACCAGCUCCAAAUGAAACGCGCGGACUUUAUUUUACAUAUUUUGAUAUGUAGCCUCCUAAAAGAAGGGAACGUUAACCGGAUUUUUGUAUUUUGGUUUAAUUGUUUUGUUGGAAUAAAUUAAUGCACAUUCAUGUGUUGCUUUUGGUUGAUUCCG